UGGCCUGAGGGGCCGCCGACCCGGGCCGGGGUGCGGGCGGGGACGCGUGGGCGGGUGCCUGCGGUGCGGCACUAAUCCUGGACCCCGGCUCUCUCCCUGCUGGCUCCCAGCCCCGCGCCUGUGGGAGCGGGUCGGCCCUGGACCGCGGGUGGAUGGGGUGGGAGCGGGAGUGGAGGUGGGAAGCAGCGAGCCUGCCUGUCCUAGUGGUGACUCUGCAGAAUACUUUCUGUCGCUGCCCUCGUGUGCCAGGAGAGGUGAGGGUGUGUCCCGAGGCACCGGGGACCCCGGCUGGAGAAGUCGUGGGAUGUCCUUGGCUUAUCAGUGGUAGCUGUGGAACGGAGCGGAAGGAGGGGAAGCCUGUGUUACUGUGAAAUGGGGAAAGGAGAAAUUUGAAGGUGUAGAAUUGAAUACGGAUGAACCUCCAAUGGUAUUCAAGGCUCAGCUUUUUGCACUGACUGGAGUCCAGCCAGCCAGACAGAAAGUUAUGGUGAAAGGAGGAACAUUAAAGGAUGAGGACUGGGGAAACAUCAAAAUAAAAAAUGGAAUGACUCUACUAAUGAUGGGGUCAGCAGAUGCUCUUCCUGAGGAGCCCUCAGCUAAAACUGUCUUUGUAGAAGACAUGACAGAAGAACAGCUAGCAUCUGCUAUGGAAUUACCAUGUGGCUUGACAAACCUUGGUAACACUUGUUACAUGAAUGCCACAGUUCAGUGUAUUCGUUCUGUGCCUGAACUCAAAGAUGCCCUUAAGAGGUAUGCAGGUGCCUUGAGAGCUUCAGGGGAAAUGGCUUCCGCACAGUAUAUUACUGCAGCCCUUAGGGAUUUGUUUGAUUCCAUGGAUAAAACUUCUUCUAGUAUUCCACCUAUUAUUCUACUGCAAUUUUUGCACAUGGCUUUUCCACAGUUUGCAGAGAAGGGUGAACAAGGACAGUAUCUUCAACAGGAUGCCAAUGAAUGUUGGAUACAAAUGAUGCGAGUAUUGCAACAGAAAUUGGAAGCCAUAGAAGACGAUUCUGUUAAAGAGACAGAUUCUUCAUCUGCAUCAGCAGUGACACCUUCUAAAAAGAAAAGUUUAAUUGAUCAGUUCUUUGGAGUUGAGUUUGAAACUACCAUGAAAUGUACAGAAUCUGAAGAAGAAGAAGUCACCAAAGGAAAGGAAAAUCAGCUUCAGCUUAGCUGUUUUAUCAAUCAGGAAGUCAAGUAUCUUUUCACAGGACUUAAGUUGCGACUCCAGGAAGAAAUCACCAAACAGUCCCCAACAUUGCAAAGAAAUGCUUUGUACAUCAAAUCUUCCAAGAUCAGCCGGCUACCUGCUUACUUAACUAUUCAGAUGGUUCGAUUUUUUUAUAAAGAGAAGGAGUCUGUGAAUGCUAAAGUUCUUAAGGAUGUUAAAUUUCCUCUUAUGUUGGAUGUGUACGAACUAUGUACCCCAGAGCUUCAGGAGAAAAUGGUCUCUUUUCGAUCAAAAUUCAAGGAUCUAGAAGAUAAAAAAGUGAAUCAGCAGCCAGAGACAAGUGACAAAAAGAGUAGUCCCCAGAAAGAAAUUAAGUAUGAGCCAUUUUCUUUUGCUGAUGACAUUGGCUCCAAUAAUUGUGGAUACUAUGAUUUACAAGCUGUGCUAACACACCAGGGAAGGUCUAGCUCUUCAGGUCAUUAUGUAUCAUGGGUGAAAAGGAAACAAGAUGAAUGGAUUAAGUUUGAUGAUGAUAAGGUCAGCAUCGUGACACCAGAGGAUAUCUUGCGGCUUUCUGGUGGUGGAGACUGGCACAUAGCUUAUGUUCUUCUGUAUGGGCCUCGCAGAGUUGAAAUAAUUCAAGAGGAAAGUGAACAGUAAUCUUCAUUUUAGCUAUUUAUGCUUAGGUGUGAAAUAAAUGUUACUUGUUGACCAUAAUCUGAGCUUUAGAGGAAGAUGUUAGGUGGCUUUAUGUGUUUCCCCUCAUGUGUGGAAAAAAGGGUGGAAGGAGACCACUCGAUGUUAUCAACCAACAGAAAAUCAUAGCAAAGAGAAAAUUGUGUUUGGACUGUGCUGCCCUGUAUAGAGGUGGCAGGAAGACAUUUUUCAAAAGCUUAUUAUUUCUUGUAUGUAUUUUUCAAAAUUCUGAGUUGAAAUGCUUUUCAACUGUUAACCUUCUGUGAUAAUUUUUCUCCCUGCCUUUUUCAGCCCAGGACUCAGCAAUCAAAUGUUUAUUCCACACCUAGUACUCCAUCAUUUGUUGUUCUUGCAUGGUUCAAACCACCGGUGAUUCAGUAGCUGCCCAUCCUUUGCCUUAUCUAACAAAAAUUUUGCCAGGAAGGUGGAAAGGAAGGGUUGCUCAUUGUGUAAACUCAGUGCUGCUGUUGACAUCCCAUGGAAACAUGGGUACAAUCAAGUAUUUGUCCAGCCUGACUGUUGCUGGCUUUUCAUGAUUUUAAAAUAAAUUGUGAUCAAUAGUACA